CAUCUUCAUUCUUUUACUACAUAUUACAUCUAUCACUCUCCUCCUUGUAUUUCAUUCUCCUCUUCUCACUUUUCUUAUAGCAAAAAACCAUUACUUCACACAAGCUAAAAAUCAAGAACUUUAAAGCCAUGAAAGAAAGAGGCAAAGCUGCAAUGGAAACUGACACUUUCUCAGAUUUCAAUUACUCUGUUUCAUCAGACAUGCCCUGUAAGAAACACCCAUCUUCAUCUUCAAUUGGAAUCUGUUCUUAUUGUCUUAAAGAGAAAUUACUCAAUUUAGUUUGUUCAGAAUGUGGUGAACAAAGACUCUCUUCUUGUUCUUGCUCUGAUUCAUCUGAAGUUGGAAGAAUUGGGAGGAUUUCAUCUCUGUUAGAAGAUGAGAAAAAACAGAGCAUAAGAGGUGAAAAAACAGAGCAAGUCAUUGUUCUGCGAAGAAGCAAUAGUAGUUGUGUUGAAAUCAAGAAAAACAGCAAUGGGUUUUGGAAAAUCAAAAGAUUUUUCAGUAAGAAGAAGAAAAAGGGUGUUGAAAAUGGUAAUGAUUUGGAUGAAAAUAGUGAUAUUUGGGUAUCUGAUGCAAUGGCAGUUUCAAGAUCAAGAUCAGUUUGUAGUUUCAGAGGAAAUGGAUUCAAUGAUACUGAUGAAGGAAGUGAUUACAGAUUCUCAAGUGCUAAAAUCUCCGAUGUUACUGGUGGAAUACUCAUGGAUUCUUCUGAUGAACCAAGAAAAAGCGGAUUUCGAAGUAUAUUUCCUGUUAAGGAGGCUGAUUUUACUUCAAUGGAUGAUUCCGCCUUCAUCGAUUUAAAAUUGGAUUUAUCAAUCGAGUCUAACUCAAAUUAUCCCGAUAGCAACGAACGAGUUGGGUUGAAUUUGAACGGAUUCAAAUCGGGAUCAAGUAAUGGAGCAUUUGGACAUAGUGGUUCUUGUAGGAUGACAAGAAGUGGUGGCAAAGGGAACAAAGUGUGGAAAUGGAUUUUUAAGCAAAGUUCAAGAAAAUCUUGAUUUAACUCUAUGGGUGAAAAUCAUUUACAUUCUCGAUUUUAUUUAAAAAAUCAAAUUCACCCGUUCUAUAUCGCGAUCUCUACGUUAGCUAGUUUAGAGAGUUACUUUGAAAAGUAAAUAUAGAAUUUCCUAUGUUUUUUUUUUUUAUCUUUUUAAAUCUCAUAUGUAUCCUUUUUCCUCAA